AUGUUACCACCAUUUGACUACUUCACCUACCGUCGGAUCCGGGACCAGAAGCAAAAGGAACGGGCCACCCGUUUCGCUUCCCUCUCCCCAGACUACCACACUGCGUUCACGGCGACAGAUAAGAGCAUUAUCAACCAGCCAAUUGAACAGCUCGUUGAGUCGGUCCACAAGUCCCGCCUUUCACCUACAGAUGUUCUCCGCACGUACGGCAAGGUGGCAGUGAAGGCGCACGAACGCACAAACUGCGUGACUGAGCUGCUGCUGCCCGAAGCGGAGACAUGGCUUCAGAGAGAAGUCAAUCUCAAAGGUCCGCUGGCCGGGAUCCCUGUCUCCCUCAAGGAUUCAGUGCAGGUCAAGGGUUUUGACACUUCUGUUGGGUAUGCGCGCAUGGCUGGGAAGCCUUGUGCCGAGGAUGGGCCCAUGGUGAAGUUGUUGAAGGAUGCCGGUGCUGUCCCGUAUGCCAAGACGGCACUGCCGGUGACGCUCCUAUCGUUUGAGUCUUUCAAUGGUCUCUGGGGUCGGUGUUUGAACCCACAUGUGCCUGAGUACUCACCAGGUGGUUCGACUGGAGGCGAGGGUGCUCUGCUCGCCCUCGGGGGUCGUAUCGGUAUUGGGUCUGAUGUUGCUGGAUCGGUGCGCGUUCCUGCAGCCUGGAGCGGUAUCUACUCCUUGCGGUGCAGUACAGGCCGCUGGCCCAAGGCAGGUGUCAGCACCAGCAUGGCGGGCCAGGAAGGAGUGGCCAGUGUCUUUAGUCCAAUGGCCCGCACAUUGAACGACCUCACUUACUUUACGCGAGCGAUCAUCUCCAUGCAGCCAUGGAAGUAUGACAAUACCGUCCAUCCCAUCGCUUGGCGGUAUGCAGAGGAGAAGGAAGCGCAGACAAAACAACUGCGCAUCGGACUGAUGUCUACAGAUGGAGUCGUCCCUCCCACGCCAGCCAUCAACCGUGCUAUCGCCACCACCGUUGCUGCACUCACAGCAGCCGGUCACACAGUCUCCGAGAUCACACCCCCGGCAUCCGCCGACCCCUUCACCGGUCUAACGCUUGCCUCUCAACUCCUCAACGCCGACGGCUGCACCACCUUCAACUCUCACCGCUACAGCUUUGAACCUUCCGACCCCGGCGCUGAACAACUGACCCGCAUCGCUAGACUGCCCCGUCCCCUCCGCUACCUCUACUACCUCUAUGUCCGCUACAUCAAGCGCGAUACCAAAUGGGCCGCGCUGAUCCGCAGCUUCGAACACAAAUCCGCAGCCGAGCAGUGGAAGCUCGUUGCCCGCCGCGAGGCCUUCCGCGCCACCUGGCACGCCUGGUGGGACGCGGAGUCCCAGCAAUACGAUUUCAUUUUGUGUCCGGUCAACGCUACACCUGCUCUCCCGCACAAGGCCAUGCGCGACGCCGUCUCCUCUUGCGGCUAUACCUUCCUGUGGAACCUGCUCGACUACUCUGCCGGUGUAUUGCCUGUUUCCCACGUCGACGCGAAGAAGGACGCACUCCAUGCGCCGUAUAAAACCGUUCUAAAGCGGCUUGGCGCCAAUCAUGCCAUUGCCCGCGGGGCGUGGAAGCACUACGAUGCGGCCAAGAUGGCGGGUCUGCCGACUGCGGUGCAGGUUGUUGGGAGACGGUGGCAGGAAGAGAAGGUUUUGGGAUAUAUGGCUGCUGUUGAGCAGGCGCUGGAGGGGUACUAUGAUGAGAAGACUGGAGAGGGGGGGAAGUACCAGCUACUUGAGAUUGAUUGA